AUAAGUUUUAACCUCAGCUGUCGUUUUUCUUGUUCUGAAUGCUGUAAUCUGUUUACAUGCUUAGCAUAGGUAAUAUUAUCUAUUUACAUUUCAAGAAAUUCCUGAAAGAAAUACAUCUAUUGUUUAGGAAUUUGAGUGAGGACAGUGUCUAGGAAGACACUGUAUAUUAAACUUACAUUAUCUUAUGACCUACACUGUAGAACUCUAAUAAGUGCACCUUAGUCCUUCCAGCACCUGGUGAGCGUGGUCUGUUAAAUCCAUGUGCUUCUUUAUUGAUUAUGUAGUUGUAUAAGGCUUUUUUGGUGGCUGGAUAUUAGUAUGAUUCUUGAUGACUUUCUAGACAAGGUUACAGUUAUUUUACCCUAUUUCUUAUAUGUUUAUGUCUUGCCUUUUCCCACAAUACAGUUUUUCAAUUUUCCCCUUCAAGUCAUUUUUUCCCCUGGUAUUUCCCCCUUUAUUAUUCCUCGAUAUCCCAACAAAGUUGCUCCUUCCUUCCUUAAAGUUACCCCACGUUGUGAACUCAGACCUGACAAUUUGGAAAGGAACUUCCUAUGAACGAGAACAUGCAAUGCCUGUCUUUCUGAGUCUGAGUCACUCCAAUCAGAAUCAUCUUCUAGUUCUAUCUAUUUACCUGCAAACGUCUUGAUUUCGAUUUUCUUUACAUCUCCUAGUGAAUACUUACCUCAUUUUCAGUUUCCAUUCCUCAGAUAUUUAGGUCGUUUUCAUUCUGUAGCUGUUGUGAAUAUAGCGCCAGUGAACAUGAGUUAGCAUGUAUCUCUGUAACAGGAUUUGAGUGUUUGCAACAUAUAGGAAGGAAUAGAAUUGCUGUGUCAUAUGCUACACUUAUUUAACAUGAGGAUUUGCUUAUUUAAUUGAGGAUUCUCCAUCUGGAAAUCCACAGUGGACACAUUUUAUGCCCAUGGGGUUUUUAUUCCCAGUGCUUUUGUUUUUUAAUAUUGCUGCUGUUUGAAUAUUGGUAGUAUUCUUAUUCCUCCUCCGUGUUAGUGCUUUGCUGUCCUGCCUAUAAAUGAGUACUUCUAAGUUUUCCUGUAGUUGUCUAUUCUUCACAUGCAAUGUAUUAUUUCUUAUGGAUAGUUCUUCUCUUGAACCUGUGUAAAAUUUGCAUCUAAUUUAUUAUGUACUGUGCUGCUUUACGGAAAUGAAUUUUGUUAAUCUGUCACAGAUUAUGACUCCAUCAAUUUAAAGAAACUAUUUUUCUGGUUGCAACAAUAUGGUUCAUGUUGAUUUUCUCUCUAAAUUUUCAGUGUCUUUUCAUGCUCUCCUGGCUUUGGGAUUGCUGAUUGACCACCAGGGCCACAGGUGGCUAUUCAUUGUACCUUAAAGAGAAAUUCAAAGGAGAGAAACAGAAAGAAAUGGAUGAUUCUCCAGUAAACAUGUCCCAGUGUCUGUUGACAUUCAGGGAUGUGGCUGUGGACUUCCCUCAGGAGGAGUGGGAAUGCCUGGACUCUACUCAGAGGGCUUUGUACAUUGAUGUGAUGUUGGAGAAUUACAGAAACCUGGUCUCUGUUGAGAACUACUGCAUAUGUGAUGCUACCUAUCAGCAUGUGAAGACUGACAAGGAGUCUCAUCAUUUUAAUGAACUUGGAGAAAUGCUUCCUGAACCUUCCCACAGUGCACUUUAUAAAACAAGUGACGCUACAGAAACCUCUAAUAACUACACAUGCUGUAAGGAAAGGGAUGCCUCUGUUUGCUUGUCAAAUAGAGAUAGUCAUAAAAGCACUCCCACUGGAGAAGAACCUUGUGAAUCUAAAGACUAUGAGAAAUCUCUAACUUUGUGUUCCGUCAUUAGUCAGGAUCAGAGACUCUACACUGCAAAGAAAGAGCAGAGACAGGAAGUAUAUGAUGACUAUUUCAGCUCUGCUUACAGUCUCAUGCAACAAACAGUCUACAUUAAAGAGAAACCACACCAGUGUGGCAAAUGUGGGAAAUGCUUCAGUACCUCCUCAAGCCUCACUGUCCAUCAGAGAAUUCAUACCAGAGAGAAACCCUACAAGUGCAAUAUUUGUGAUAAAUCCUUUACCCAGUGCACGCAUCUGAAAAUACAUCAAAGACGUCAUACUGGGGAGAAACCUUACAAAUGCAAAGAAUGUGAAAAGUCAUUUGUUCAGUUGUCAGCACUUAAAAGUCAUCAGAAAUUGCAUACUGGAGAGAAGCCUUACAAAUGUAAGGAGUGUGACAAAUCCUUUGCCCACUAUCCCAAUUUCAGGACACAUCAGAAAAUCCAUACUUCUGAGGAACAUUGUAGUUGUCCAGAAUGUGGCAGGGAAUUUCAUCAGCUUUCACACUUUAGAAAACAUUACAGACUCCAUACUGGAGAGAAGCCUUACAAGUGCAAUGAGUGUGGCAGAUCCUUUACCCACUAUGCAUCAUUAAGGUGGCAUCAGAAAACUCAUUCUCCAGAGAUGCAUCAUGAAUGCAAAGAAUGUGGUAAGGCCUUUAUUGAAUUAUCACAUCUUAAAAGGCAUUAUAGAAUCCAUACUGGUGAAAAGCCUUACAAAUGUGAGAUAUGUGCCAAAUCCUUUACUACAACCACAACUCUUAAAACACAUCAGAAAAUUCACACUGGAGAGAAACCUUAUAAAUGUAGGGAGUGUGACAAAUCAUUUAUUCAUAGUUCACAUCUUCGAAGACAUCAGAGUAUUCAUACUGGAGAGAGACCUUACAAAUGUAAGGAAUGUAACAAAUCUUUCCGUGAGAACUCCACUCUUAGAGAACAUGAGAAAAGUCAUACUGAAGAGAAAACUUACAAAUGUAGAGAAUGUGACAAAUCCUUUACUCAGCGUGCAUAUCUUAGAAACCAUCAUAACAGAGUUCACACUGGAGAGAGACCUUAUGAAUGUAAAGAAUGUGGAAAAUCUUUUAUUACCUGCUCAACUCUUAAAAUACAUCAGACAAUUCAUACUGGAAAGAAACCCUACAAAUGUAUGGAAUGUGAGAAAUCCUUUACCCAUAAUUCAUAUCUUAGAACACAUCAGAAAGUUCACACUGGAGAGAGACCUUACAAAUGUAAGGAAUGUGACAAAUCUUUUGCUAGCUGUUCAACUCUAAAAGCACAUCAGAAUAUUCAUAGUGGAGAGAAACCUUACAGAUGUAUAGAAUGUGACAAAUCCUUUACUCAGGCCUCACAUCUUAGAACACAUCAGAGAGUUCAUACUGGCGAGAGACCUUACAGAUGUAUAGAAUGUGAUAAAUCUUUUACUAGGUAUUCUCACCUUAGAGAACAUCAGAAAAUUCAUAGCGGAGAGAAACCUUACAAAUGCAGAGACUGUGACAUAUCAUUUAACCAGAUUUCAAAUCUCAGAAGACAUCAGAAACUUCAUACUGGAGAGAAACCUUACAAAUGUAUGAAAUGUGACAAGUCCUUUACUCAUAACUCAAAUUUUAGAACACAUCAGAGAAUUCAUACUGGAGAGAAACCUUAUAGAUGUACAAAGUGUGACAAAUCUUUUACUAGGUGCUCCUACCUUAGAGCACAUCAGAAAAUUCAUACUGGAGACAAACCUUACAAAUGUAUGGAAUAUGAUGACUCCUAUACCCAAGAGUCACAUGUUAAAAGACAUCAGAGAGUUCAUACUGGAGAGAAACAUACCAUUGUAAAUAAUGUAACAUAGCAUUUAUCCAGUAUUUUCUCUACUUACAAAUUCUAACUAUAUUCAUAAAAAAAAUUAAGAAUAAGCAACAUGGGAAAACCAUUAAUGAACUUUUAUAUUUUUUAAAAUAAUGCUAAAAUAAAAAUUUGCCUAUUGUGU